UUCUCUUCUCUCUCAUGUGGAAGCCCCAUGGGAGCAGCCCUAGCUGUGCCCUGGGGAGCUGAGCUAAACUGAGCUGAGCCAAGCCAAACCAAGUCAAGCCAAGCCAAGCGGAGCCAAGUCAGGAGGGUCGGACUGGGCAGCUGGGCAGUAUGCUCCCCGGGCUACUGCUGGCCACAGUCGGUAUCCUUAUGCAACUGCCAGUAAGAGCUGUCGAUGAAUCCCCUCAGAAAAAGAUAUUUGAUAUCAUUUAUCCACGGAAGCAACAUUCCCUACAUAAGAGAGAUGUGGAGGAAAACAAGAAGCCCCAGAAGCAGGAGAGAUAUGAAGAUCGGGUGCAGUAUGAAAUCAACUUAAAAGGAAAAACUCUGGUCCUUCAUUUGGAAAAAAACAAGGAGUUCCUGUCCCCAGAUUAUGUGGAAGUUCAAUAUUCAUCCACAGGAGAGGCAGUCACUUCAAGCCCUCAGAUCAUGGAAAACUGCUAUUACCAAGGACACAUCAUAAAUGAGGAGAUGUCUACAGCCAGCAUUAGUACCUGUCAGGGUCUGAGGGGAUUCUUUGAACAUCAGGAACAAAGGUACUUAAUUGAACCAUUGGGGCUGGCAGAGCAGGAAGAGCAAGAGCAUGCUCUAUACACAUAUGAAAGUCAGGAACAGAACCUUCCUGAGACAUCCUGUGGAGUGGAUACGAUAGAAGAAGAUCUGGUCUUGGAGAAAACUGUAAGAUCAGGGAAUAAUGCUGUGAAACUAGAAGACAUGAAUCAAAAGAAAUGUAUCGAGUACUAUUUGGUUCUGGAUAAUAAAGUGUUCCGAAAGUACAACCGAAAUCCAGAAGAAAUAAGACAGAGGGUGUUUGACAUGGUCAACUUUGUAAAUAUGCUGUAUAAAAAGCUCAAUAUCCAAGUGGCUUUGGUGGGGAUGGAAAUAUGGACACAAGGAAAUAAGAUAAAAAUAAGCCCUAAUGCAAAUGUGACUUUGGAGAAUUUCUCAAAUUGGCGAGGGGGCAUUCUCCCUAAAAUGAAGCGCCAUGAUGUUGCCCAAUUAAUCACUGGGAUAGACCUCAGUGGACCCAUUGUGGGCUUGGCAUUCAUGUCGACAAUGUGCUCUCCAUACCACUCUGUUGGCAUUAUACAGGACCACAGUUACGACCUCCUCAGGGUUGCAGGAACAAUGGCUCAUGAAAUGGGCCAUAAUUUUGGAAUGUUCCAUGACACCUAUGUGUGCAAGUGCCCUUCUUCAAUAUGUGUGAUGGAUCGGGCACUCAGCCUUUACAUACCCAAGGACUUCAGUUCCUGUAGUCGCAACAGCUUUGAGAAAUUUCUAAGAACAGCAUCCCCAAGCUGCCUGAAGAAUGUCCCUUUACCUACUGACAUAAUAUCCACCCCCAUCUGUGGGAACCUGCUCAUAGAAUCUGGAGAAGAAUGUGAUUGUGGAUCCCCAGAGGAGUGUACCAAUGUUUGCUGUGAUGCCGUAACAUGUAAAAUCAAGCCAAAUUUUAAGUGUGCAUUUGGAGAAUGCUGUGAAAACUGCCAGAUAAAAAAGGCUGGAACAUUGUGCAGGCCAGCAAAAGAUGAAUGUGACCUGCCAGAAAUGUGUGAUGGCAAGUCUGGGAGCUGUCCCAAAGAUCGAUUCCGAGUCAAUGGAUUUCCCUGCCAAAAUGGGCAAGGUUACUGUCGGAUGGGACAAUGCCCGACCUUACAGGACCAGUGUGUCAGUCUUUGGGGAGAAGGGGCUCAAGCUGCUGAGAGAUCUUGCUUCGACAUAAACAAUGUUGGUUCAACUUAUGGCUACUGCCGAAGGGUGGAUGACAUGCACAUUCCUUGUAAAGCAGGGAGUUUUUUGUGUGGCAAAUUAUACUGUUAUGGAGGAUCAGAUGUUUUGCCCUGGAAGGGAAAGAUCAUGUCUUUCCUGACCUGUAAAACAUUCUCACCAGAAGACAGCAACCAAGAGGUUUCUAUGGUGGCCAAUGGAACCAAAUGUGGAGACAAGAGUGUAUGCAUCAAUGGAGAUUGUAUAGACAUUGAGGAUGCCUACAAGUCAUCGAACUGUUCUUCAAAGUGCAAAGGACAUGCGGUCUGUGACCAUGAGCUUCAGUGUCAGUGUGAAGAAGGAUGGCUACCUCCCAACUGUGACAAUUCCACCAUUGUUUUCCAUAUUUCCAUUGUGACGGGCAUACUGGUUGCACUCUCUAUCAUAGUCAUCAUUGCUGCAAUUAUAGUUCGACACCAGAGCACAGCUAAGAGGAAAAAAGUUCAGAGCCAAUCCUGCCCCACCUCAGGCUCCAAAUCAAGGCAAUGGAAAUCAAAGAGACAACGGGAUUUACAGAGUACUCAUUCCCAUGAGAUGGGUCCAAUCAGUUCAACUAUGACUACACCUUCAAUGGAAAGUAAUACACCACCACUUUCUCUUGGCACAAAUCCCAAAGUUUGAAUCACCUGCACAAGGAUGGGUGAACAAUCCAGAAGAUAGGACAGGAAUCUGGAUGGAAGAAAAGACCUUCGUUUUUCAGGAUCAAUAUUCUGGUGGAUCUUAGUAGAGUAGACAUUCAAUCUUCAAGAGUAAUAUGCCCUCAUGGAACAAUGGUGGGACUAUCAUGAUGCUCCACAAUGAUACCUUUUGGUGAAAAAAAAAAACUAGGGCAAAAUAGAAGAACCUGACAUUGAGUGGACUGCUUAUUUAAGGGACUGGCUGGCUUCCUGGCCCACAAGAGAUGGGAGAGGGUGAUAAUACUUAAAGCUUGAAUGAAGAGUUAGGAAUGGAGAAUGAACCUGGGGUUUCACUGGUAUAGGGAAUUCCUGGGUGAGUAAAUUCCCUUCACUAAACCAGGUCAGCAUUUUUUUUUUCUGCCAAUAAAAAUCUUAAAGA